GUUGUGUGCAAAAUAUCAGUCAACGCACACCAAGCAAACCAACAAGGUGCUUUGGUGGCAGACAAGCGAUAUUUCGGUGUAUUUCGAUGCAAUAAAUGCUCGGGCAAAUGGGAGUCUGCCUCGUGUUGGCUCGGAUUCAAACAACAGUGUAAUUGUUGUGGCCAGUGGUCAGAACCAUCACACAUGCGUCCAUUGAGAGCAUCGGAAUAUACGGUAAUAGGUAAACAUGGUAUACAUGUGGUGGACAAAUGCCAAAAGUGUCAGUCGUUGGGUCGCGACUGUAGUCGCAAUGAUUAGGCGUAUUGGCGGUAAUAUUGGCUAAUAAAUAGGCUUUCAAUUAUAA